CGUUGUUCUAUUCUACACUACAGUUUCCUCAUUAGUACAGUAGUAGUUCGUUUGCCGCGAGAAAUUUUAAACGCGUGUCCCGCCGAUAAAAAAUAGUAGUUCAUUUAUUUUGAAUUGGUUUCCGAAUUCCUUUUUAGAAAAAAUGGAGAGCUGCAUUGAAGAUGUUUCUACGAGGUUGUCUUGUUUAAGUAUCGUAGUCGACGAUGUAGACGGUAGGAGAAACAGGUCGCAGAAUCACUGCAAGAAAGAAGAAACUCCCAAGACGGAACAAAAAAACCAUCAGUCGCAGGAACAAGUUUCGCAGAGCGUUCAAAAUCCAUAUCCUAGACACGUACUCGAGGAUGCCAUCCGGGAUAUUUUGGAGGAGGCAGAAUUGAGAAAAUUCGAAUUUCGCAAACUGAUUGACGAGCACGACGCCCUCGUGAAAAAUCUCAAGAAAAUGGAAAAGGAAAAUUCCUCCACCUCCACAUAUUUACACUCGCCUAUUAUGACGUAAUGAUAGAGAUACCGUUUUAGAAAAAUGUUUGUUUAGGAUUGUAAGUUUUUUUUUAUUGCAUAAACGUAUCAUAAAAGAGGAGAAAUUAAAAAGAAAAACAAAACUUCCAAGAACUGAAAGUAUUUUUAUUAAUAAAAUCCAGGGAGAUUUAAGGGGGAAAUAUCCCCUCUAAAAAUUUGUACUCUAUUAAAAAAUAGUAAUGUUACGAAGAUUACUAAAAAAGUAAUUUUGAAAUCAAUAACAUAGAUAACAAUUUUCAAAACUCAUACCUCCUCCCAAACAAGUUCUGCAAUUGUUAAAAAACUGUAUAUGUAUUUUUUUACUUUUCAAUAAGAAUAUUUAAAAUUAGAAAAAAAAAUUAAGUUCAAAUAGUAUUAAAAUUGUUUAAAUGCACUCUAGAUUCAAAUGAGUUAAACGAUUUUACAUCAAUGGAAUUAAUCAAUUAUAAAUUGUAAUCUUACCUAUUUAUAUCCUCUUUAUGAUACGCCUAUGCAAAAAUUAUGCCGAGAAUGUAUCGGUGAAAAAUAAAAUUUAGAUAUAGCUUUUAAGAUAUUUAUUUUUGUAUAAUUAGUAAGUAAACUAAAGAAAAAAAUUUGAACAUUGUUUAAUAUACUUUAAAAUCACAAAUUUAAGGAUUUAUUCAAAUUUUAAAAAAUAUUUGUUUUAAAAUUUUGUUUUUAAUAAAGUAGGAAUAUUUUGUGAAUUUUCUACAUAUUUAAAAAAAAACACUGGACUACAAUUUAUUUUUUCAAUGUAAAUACUUUUUAUUAAUAUUUACAUUACUUAUAUCUACUAUACUUUAAUUAAACACUGAUCUAUAUGGUCUAAGAUCCGGGAUAAGGUCAACCUUCACUCAUUUGUUUAACGGAUGAAAGUUUUUUUUUUAUUAUGUCUAUAAAUAUACUGCAAAUAGGUUACCUAAAAAAAUACGGUCACAAAACCCUAUAAACUAUUCCCCAGAUGCUUCGACUAUGCCCAAAAUUUAAUCAGGUCACCGGAGGAUGGCUUUAAGCUUAAGUUUAAAAUUUGGUGUUUUUCUCUUGAUCCGUUUUUUAAGGAAAUCAUGUAUAGGACCAAAAUUAUAGAGAAUGACUAUACAAGCAACUUUUAUCAUAAUUCCUAAACUUUUAUUAUAUUAUCUGUGUACAAAAAGGAAAGUAAAAAAUGACCGUGGCAGUAUUUUCUCAGACAAUUCAUUUGCGGUAUAUUUUAUUUAAUAAAAAAAAAAAAACGUUAAACGAUGGGUGAAGGUCGAGCUUACUUCGGAACCUAUACUAAUACAUUUUGAGAGUUUUUGCAAAUUUAAUUUAGAUAAAGUAUUGUAUUAUAAAAAUAAUAGCGAUGCUCAAAACGUAGCAUUAUGAAGACUGCUUAUAAUAGGGUACAUUUUUUAAAAAAUACUGUUAGAUAUAUGUCAAAACUCUUUACUGUAGGAUUUGUAGAGAAGUGUCAAAUAAAAUAAUUCUUACCAA